AUGGAGAAGCCCCGGGAGAGCCAGAACGGCUACCUGGAGGCGGCGGCGGCGGCGCGGCCUCCCCUGUGCCGCCGCCUGUGCCAUCCGCGGGCCUUCGGCCGCUUCGUGCGGCGCCACCUCCUGGUGCUGCUGACCGUGUCCGGCGUGCUGCUGGGCUUGGGGCUGGGGGCCGGCGCGCGGCGCCUGCGCCUCCCCCGCGCCCAGGUGGCCUACCUGGCCUUCCCGGGCGAGAUGCUGCUGCGCAUGCUGAAGAUGGUCAUCCUGCCGCUGGUGGUGUGCAGCCUGGUGUCCGGCGCCGCCAGCCUGGACACCCGCUCGCUGGGCAAGCUGGGCGGCAUCGCCCUCGCCUACUUCCUGCUCACCACCCUGGGCGCCGCCGCCCUGGCCAUCGCCCUGGGCUUCAUCAUCAAGCCCGGCCUGGGCGCCGGGGCCCUCAGCGCCGACGCCCUGGGCUUGGACCAGCCCGUGCCCACCAACAAGGAGACCGUGGACUCCUUCCUGGAUCUGGCCAGAAACUUAUUUCCAUCGAACCUUGUCGUAGCAGCCUUUCGAUCGUAUGCCACAGACUACAAAACGAUAGUGCGAAACACGACUGUUGGGAAUGUUACCUUUGAAAAGAUCCCCGUCGGUACUGAAAUUGAAGGGAUGAACAUUCUGGGUCUGGUCCUGUUCGCUCUCUUUUUGGGAGUGGCCUUGAAAAAACUCGGCCCCGAAGGAGAAGAGCUCAUUCGUUUCUUUAAUUCGUUCAACGAGGCAACAAUGGUUUUAGUGUCUUGGAUUAUGUGGUAUGUGCCCCUGGGCAUUAUGUUCCUCGUCGGAAGCAAGAUUGUGGAAAUGGAAGAUGUCACCCUGCUCGUGACGAGUCUCGGAAAAUACAUCUUUGCGUCUAUUCUGGGCCACAUAAUUCACGGCGGAAUCAUUUUACCCCUUAUUUAUUUUGCAUUCACACGCAAAAACCCUUUCUCUUUUCUGUUGGGGCUUAUAACACCGCUUACAACAGCCUUUGCUACUUGUUCCAGCUCUGCCACUCUUCCAUCUAUGAUCAAGUGCAUUGAAGAAAACAACGGCGUUGACAAGAGAAUUAGCAGGUUUAUCCUGCCUAUCGGGGCAACCGUGAACAUGGACGGCGCUGCUAUUUUCCAGUGUAUGGCCACCGUCUUCAUUGCUCAGCUGAACAACUUCGACCUCAAUGCUGGACAGAUUUUUACCAUUCUCGUGACCGCCACCGCAUCCAGUGUAGGAGCAGCUGGAAUCCCCGCAGGAGGAGUUUUAACCAUCGCUAUUAUUUUGGAGGCCAUUGGACUUCCCACCAAUGAUAUCUCCCUCAUUUUGGCAGUAGACUGGAUUGUGGACCGGACAACCACUGUUGUGAACGUAGAAGGAGACGCGUUCGGAGCAGGCAUCCUCCAUUACCUGAAUCAAAAGGAAACGAAGGAGAAAGAGCCGGAGCUCAGCGAGGUCUACGUGGAAGCCGUUCCGAACUGCAAGGCUGAAGCGGAAACCUCACCUCUGGUCAUGCACAAGGACCAAGCCCUCAGCACUCCCCCGCCUAGCCUGGCAGACGUCGAAUCGAAAGAAUCGGUCCUCUGA